GGCUCGCCGCGGGGAGCAGCCAGCCAGGCAUCUCUGCUCCCUUCCCGCACCGGCAGCGGGGCCGAGCGCGGCAUGGUCCUUCCUCGAGCCGGGCAGGCGUGUCCUGCCCCACCCCUUUCCCUGCAUGUCAGUUCGCGUGGUCACCUGCUGCAUGCUGCGAAUUCCCCCCUUGGCAGCCGCAGGCCCGCCUGGGUGGCUGGCUGGCUUGGCGGACUCGCUCUGAUACAGCGCGGUGGAAGUGAUGCCCUGUGAAUGUCUAAAACUGGAUCGGAUCUCCUUGUCUGUGUAAACGGGAGCGUUUGAAGGUGGAUUUGCCAAAUGUUAUGAGAUGACAGAUUUGACAACGAACAAAGUCUAUGCUGCAAAAAUCAUUCCUCACAGCAGAGUAGCUAAGCCUCAUCAAAGGGAAAAGAUUGAUAAAGAGAUAGAGCUGCACAGAAUGCUUAAUCACAGCCAUGUUGUACAGUUUUACCACUACUUUGAGGACAAAGAGAAUAUUUACAUUCUUCUGGAGUACUGCAGUAGAAGGUCUAUGGCUCACAUCUUGAAAGCAAGGAAGGUAUUGACGGAACCAGAAGUGCGAUACUACCUCAGGCAGAUCGUGUCGGGGCUAAAAUAUCUUCAUGAACAGGAAAUCUUGCACAGAGACCUUAAACUAGGUAAUUUCUUCAUUAAUGAGGCCAUGGAACUAAAAGUAGGCGACUUUGGUUUGGCAGCAAGGUUGGAACCGCUGGAACACAGAAGGAGAACAAUCUGUGGCACACCAAAUUACCUUUCUCCAGAAGUCCUCAACAAACAAGGUCAUGGAUGUGAAUCUGACAUAUGGGCCUUAGGUUGUGUAAUGUACACAAUGCUGUUAGGAAGACCCCCCUUUGAGACUACAAACCUUAAAGAAACCUACAGAUGUAUAAGGGAAGCAAGAUACACUCUACCAUCAUCUCUUUUGGCACCUGCAAAGCACUUAAUAGCUAGCAUGUUGUCAAAAAAUCCCGAGGACCGGCCCAGUUUAGAUGAUAUAAUUCGACAUGACUUUUUCUUACAGGGCUUUACACCAGAUCGACUCUCUUCUAGCUGUUGUCAUACUGUUCCUGACUUCCACUUGUCAAGUCCAGCUAAGAAUUUCUUCAAAAAGGCAGCUGCUGCUCUGUUUGGUGGUAAAAAGGAAAAAGCAAGAUACUUUGAUACACAUAAUAGAUUAACUAAAGAGGACGAAGAAAUCUACAAACUUAGACAUGAAUUGAAAAAGACAUCGAUAACCCAACAGCCCCACAGACACAGAACGGAUGAGGAGACCCAGCCUCCUAACAUUACAGCAGCCAAACCUGGAACUCUAGCAGAGACCAAACAGAUUGGAGACUCCAUUCGAAUGAUAGUUAGAGGAACUCUAGGAAGCUGCAGCAGUAGCAGUGAAUGUUUGGAAGACAGUACGAUGGGAAGUGUUGCUGAUACAGUUGCAAGGGUACUGCGAGGUUGUCUUGAGAACAUGCCAGAAGCAGAUAGUAUUCCCAAAGAACAGCUGACAGCAUCUUUCCAGUGGGUUACAAAAUGGGUUGACUACUCGAACAAAUAUGGCUUUGGUUACCAGCUGUCAGACCACACUGUGGGUGUUCUUUUCAACAAUGGAGCACACAUGAGCCUUCUACCAGACAAAAAAACAGUCCACUACUAUGCUGAGCUAGGCCAGUGCUCUGUCUUUCCAGCUACAGAUGCUCCUGAACAGUUCAUCAGCCAAGUAACGGUUCUGAAAUAUUUCUCUCACUACAUGGAGGAGAACCUUAUGGAUGGAGGGGAUCUGCCCAGUGUAACUGAUGUUCGCAGACCCAGGCUUUACCUCUUACAGUGGCUAAAAUCUGACAAAGCAUUAAUGAUGCUCUUCAAUGAUGGCACACUUCAGGUGAACUUUUAUCAUGAUCACACAAAAAUAAUCAUCUGCAACCAAAGUGAGGAGUAUCUCCUUACCUACAUCAAUGAAGAUAGGAUAUCAACAACAUUUCGACUGACAACACUUCUGAUUUCUGGAUGUUCAUUGGAACUAAAACACAGAAUGGAAUAUGCACUGAACAUGUUGCUGCAAAGAUGUAACUAAAAGACUGUCUCUUCUUAAACCAAAAGGACUCUUUUCACUGUGAAAUCUACAGUGGAGGCAGUGGAGCGACUAGUAUGUUGAUGAUGGAUGAGUGGUGGUACGAAAACUAUACUCUUGUAGUGUGCUGGGCUGGGACCAGACAGACCUAAUCCUACUUUGUUGGACUCAUGAAACAGUGUGACAAGGAGUUCUUUGGAAUAUAGCUUUCUUGCUUCGCACAUGUUUAAAGGCUUGACUGAAGUUCAGCAGAGUGACUUCUAGUUCUGUAGGGAGCAGUUCUAAUGGAGGACUUAAAACUGUGAAUAUGCAUCUGGAAGGGGAGGGAGGGGGAGAGCUCCAUGUUGUGGAAUAGCUGUAAUGAGCAGGUUUUGGCUGCUUAAAACUGUGAACUAUGGCCAUAACUUCUUCCUUAUUUUUCAAGAACUAGCCACUUGUGGCUGGCAAAGUGCAUUCCUUGUUAAUAAUUUUUUAUUUAUUACAGCCCAAAGUCAAGUAUUUAUUACACAACAUUUUUUUGGACCUUGAUAUUUUAAAUAUACAUUUGUUGGCAAUAAAGAGAAUGGAAAAACUGAA